CCAUAUGUUGUUGUACUUUUGAUAGUAACUAAUUAUAUAUAAACAUCUUCCAUUUCUCUCUCACCUUGGUUAAACCAAUUCAGCCUAUAGGGUCAAACCAUGGCUCGAGCCAUGUUCACCAUAUGGGCACUUUUCUUGAUUCAGAUCCUAGCUCAAGGUGCCAAUGGUGCAGAGAGCAUUCCAGGCCUUGGUGUCAAUUGGGGUGCACUAGCAUCCCACUCUUUGGAUCCUAGUAUUGUUGUGGCUAUGCUGAAGGACAAUGGAAUCAAAAAGGUUAAACUUUUUGAUGCAGAUUCUUGGACCGUGAGUGCUUUUUCUGGGACAGAUAUUGAGGUCAUGGUUGGAAUUCCUAAUGAUCAAUUGAGUAAUUUUGCUGGAAGCUACGGCGAUGCAGAGGAUUGGGUACAAGAAAAUGUUACCGAACAUCUUCAUAAGGGAGGAGUCAACAUCAGAUAUGUGGUUGUUGGAAAUGAGCCAUUCUUGGAAAGUUACAAUGGUUCAUACAUAAAGGCCACAUUCCCAGCAAUGCAAAACAUUCAAAAGGCCAUUGAUAAAGCUGGUGUUGGUGACAAAGUGAAGGUGACUACAGCUAUGAAUGCUGAUGUUUACGAGUCUGCUACAAACCAACCUUCAGAAGGAGAUUUCAGAAGUGGAAUUCACGAUCUCAUGAAACAGAUUGUACAUUUUCUUCAUGAAAAGAAUUCACCAUUUCUUGUCAACAUAUACCCUUUCCUCAGUCUCUAUCAAAAUGAAGGUUUCCCUCAAGAAUUUGCAUUCUUUGAUAGCCAGAGUAGCACAAUUAGUGACAAGAAUGCACAAUAUAGUAAUAUGUUUGAUGCAAAUUUAGACACACUUGUGUGGGCAUUGAAAAAGGCUGGUUACCCUGACUUGAGAAUUGUGGUUGGUGAAGUUGGAUGGCCAACUGAUGGUGACAAAAAUGCAAACCCCAACAACGCAAAAAAAUUCUACCAAGGGUUCCUAAAGAAAAUGGCAAGCAAAAAAGGAACACCAAUGCGACCAGGACCUAUGGACGUGUACCUAUUUUCCCUCUUUGAUGAAAACUUGAAGAGCAUUGCACCCGGUAACUUCGAGCGUCAUUGGGGGAUUUUUGGCUACGAUGGGAAACCGAAGUUUCCUAUAGAUUUUUCAGGCCAGGGUCAAGAGAAAUGGCCCGUGGCGGCGAAAGGGGUUCGGUACCAAGAGCAUAAAUGGUGUGUCCUCAACCGCGAUGUCAAAAACUUCAGCCUCGUGCCAGAUGCGUUGAGCUAUGCUUGCGCCGGUGCUGAUUGCACAAGCUUAGGAAUGGGAUGUUCUUGUGGGAACUUGGAUGUAGCUGGGAAUGCUUCUUAUGCUUUCAACCAAUAUUAUCAGACAAGGGACCAAAGCGUUGAGGCGUGUGACUUCAAUGGAAUUGCCAACAUUGUUACGGAGGAUCCAUCAAAGGGAAGUUGUGUGUUCCCUAUAGAAAUUGAGAGUAGUGGAGAGAUGCUCAGAGCAAUGCAUAUAUUGGGAAGCAUUUUGAUUGGAUUAUCAUUGUUUCAUGUAACGUUUAUGUAAGAACAGCAUAGCUGGUUCAUGAGGCAUGAUUGAUAUAAUGUUGUUGAUAUGUCAUGCCAUUAUUUUGAAUUUCUGCAUUGGGAUUUUUUAACCAUUGUAGUAGUGUAAUUUCUUUUGGAUUCGUGUAAUUUUUGAAAAAAUAAAUUCUGGCAACCGUAGGACAGAUGUUCUACCAAA